CCUCCUCUGCAAAGUCCAGCCCAGGAACCAGGAGACCUGCUCCCUAGUCCUGCGCUUACCUUUUCCUGAAAGGUCCUCUUCUGGCCCAUGCCAGAAAAGAAACAGGAUUUUGCAAAGCAAAGGUGCUACACUGCCUCUGAGUAAAAUGUCAAUGGAUGUAACUUUCUUGGGGACGGGUGCCGCAUAUCCAUCUCCAACCAGAGGUGCCUCAGCUACGGUAGUUCGUUUUGAAGGAGAAUGCUGGCUGUUUGAUUGUGGCGAGGGGACCCAGACUCAGUUCAUGAAAAGUAAUCUGAAAGCAGGAAGAAUUACCAAAAUCUUUAUAACUCAUCUUCAUGGAGACCAUUUCUUUGGUCUUCCUGGACUUCUAUGUACUAUCAGCCUCCAGAGUGGUCCUGCCACAAACAAGCUUCCAGUAGAUAUUUAUGGGCCACUUGGUCUGAGGAGCUUCCUGUGGAGAACAAUGGAGCUGUCUCACUCACAACUUGCCAUCUCUUAUGCUGUACAUGAACUGGUGCCCACACAAGAUCAAUGCCCUGUAGAAGAACGGAAGGAGCUGUCUUUUGUGGAUAGAGAUGAGGCCUUGUCUAAAGAGAUUCAAGGGAGAACUAUUUAUCUAGAUCCUUCUGAAGGCUCGUACCCCUUGGUGGACAAUGAACAGUUUGUGAUGAAGGCAUUCAGGUUAUUUCAUCGCAUACCUUCCUUUGGGUUUCUAGUGGAAGAGAAGCCACGGGCUGGAAGACUCAACGUGCAGAAGCUGAAGGAACUAGGAGUUCGUCCAGGUCCUAUAUAUGGUAAACUGAAAGAAGGUGUCACAGUUGUCCUAGAAAAUGGGGCCACCAUUUCUCCUUCAGAUGUCGUAGCCGAACCUCUCCCUGGAAGAAAAGUUUGCAUUUUAGGAGACUGUUGUGGCAUGGUUGGAGAAGGAGCUGUGUCUCUUUGUUAUGAAGCUGAUAUCUUGGUUCAUGAAGCCACACUGGAUGAUACCCAAGUGGACAAGGCCAAGGAACAUGGCCACAGCACUCCGAAAAUGGCGGCAGAGUUUGCAAAGCUAUGUAAAGUAAAAAGUCUGGUUCUGUCUCAUUUCAGCCAGAGGUAUAAGCCGACCAGUCAGAUUGGUGAAGGAGAUAUGGAUGUCUCAGAACUGAAGAGGCAAGCUGAGUUGGUGUUGGACGGACAAGAGGUAGUGCUGGCAGAGGAUUUUAUGACCAUAGAUAUCCCAGUGAAAAAAGCAAGAUAGCACAACCGGACUACAAAAUAGGAGAAAUUUGCUGAACCUACCAUCUGACUGAGCCUACACUCAUAUGCCAAGAUCCUUUUUAGCAGGUAUAUAGUGUGUACAUUUACAGCAGAGUUGUAGUGGGUUGCACCCUAUUGCAGUCAGUCAUACACUGAGCAAUAGUGCCUUGUGCUUGCAUGUUGUGCAGUUGUUACUCAGUGCAACAUUAGUAUACUGCUCUAGUACAACUGCUUAAAAAUGCAACUGGUGCACAUAACACCAGAAAACAUAACCAGGGGUAAUGUGUUGGCCAUACAACAAAGUAAAAUAAGAUCCAACAUCCACAAAACAGUGAUACCCUUAUUGGAAUUUAAAUUUUAUUUCCUGGACUUAUGAAUUUCCCAGGACCCACAUGGCCACUAGGAGGAGUGGCCCGCAUGCAUGAUUACUCUUCCAUACCAUCUGAACUGAGGACAACAACCACAACAUCUUGACCAAAUCCAUGCCUAUGACUAACAUCAUUUUCCUCUCUCUCUGCUGUAUGAUUUUUUAACACUUUUGCCAAUGAAGAUGCCAGUGGAGCUUUGAAAACUUGCAAUAUGUAUAUUGUGCAUUUUGGUUGGUCCAAUAAAGGUAUCACUGUUUAGUGGAUUUUGGAUGUUACUGUUUACACUAGUGUAAAUAACCAACAAGAUUCUAAAGGUAACAUUUUUAAGGCUCAGUUGAAAGGCUUUGGUUGAAGACCCAAAGAACUGAGUUAUGGAUCUCUCCUUACUAUGCAUUUCUGCACUAUACAUCACAUCUCUAGAUUCCUCAGUAAUGCUUCCGUGGGCUUUAGAAGAACAGAUACAUCCAGCAUAAUGUUUAACUCCAAAUCUUAUUUCAGUGUAUUUAAUUCCUCAACUUGGAACUGAAAAAUUAAUGAAUAAAGCUUGAGCUCCUUUAACAAAUUACAUGGAAGCAAGCCCCACUGGAAACGGCAAGUUGUACCUUUGAGUAACCAUACAUAGGAUUUGGUUAUAUAUAUUUAGCUGUAGUUUUUGGCUUCUUAAUAUUGAGAAUGUAUUGCCUGCAUUUAAAAAAAAAUCAGCCUUAUCAUAAAUUUGAAGAAGAAACAUUUUCUAAUUCCAUGUGGGACAGCAAUAUCUUUAUGAUAAAAAAUGAGAACAAAUAAAGGGUUCAUGAUUAUGCCAAGCAGUUUGAAGGUGACUUAUUGUUACUAAUGUCUGCAUGUUCUUUUUCAUGAAGCUCUUUUCAACUGAUUAAUAUUCUGCUUCUGCAUUGUUAAGAAACCACAGAAGAAAUACAAAUAAAAUAUUGGUUGUGAU